UAAUAAAUUUUCCCCCGAUUUCUGCACCGAUCAUCACCGGUUGGUAAUUUCUGAAUACAGCUUCAACUUCUCUCUCAUUUCGAACCUUAACCAAGUUCACCGGAGAUUCAGGUCCAACCACCACUCUCCGAUGAACGCUUCUUAAUCCUACACCAUGGCGGAGCACAGUACUGCCACCGUCAACCACCAACAAAACAACAACAACAACAUCAACGACGACGACGACAAGAAGAAAGAUAAGACUUCAGAUCCAGACUUAUUCUGCUGUCUUCUUCAACCUCUCACCUCCGACGCUGAUCCUGAGUACACCGGCAUUCGUCGCCUCCUUCUUCACCAAAAAGCCGAAGCUGGAAUUCUCCGCCGUAAGGAUUGGAGAUGCAAUGGGAAAACUUACGUGGCAUACCGGAAUUAUAUAAACAGGCCGAGGAACUGGGAGAGUUUAGGACGAGCCCCAAGUCUUCGAAGUACUCCGGGAAACAGUGGCCGCUGGUUUCCAUCUCCAAGUCCACUCUCCCGUUGGUCUGAGGUGGACAGCUGGAGUUCUGGGAGGGAUGUCCAAGUUGCAAAUUCAGUAUCUAAUCAUAGAGCAAGUUUUGGCUCUGGGUCAAAUGCAAGUGAUUCUGAUCGUCCACGAAUUCGUGGUGUUGAGCCUGCCUAUUCCUUCGUAGGAAUGCAUUGCAUCUUCGACCAGUGCAAAGCCUCUGUUACGGUGAUAAAGUUUGGGCACAUGAGUUCUGACCUACUUGCUUAUGGGGCAUCAGAUGGAACCUUGACUGUGUGCAGUGUUUCAGAGAAACCUUCAGUCAUCAAACAAUUAAACGGCCAUUCGAAAGACAUUACAGAUUUCGAUUUUACAUCAAACAAUCAGUACAUUGCUUCUGCUUCGUUGGAUAAAACUGUAAGAGUAUGGGAGAUAGAAAAAGGAAAUUGCAUGCGGGUGAUAUAUGGAGUUUCUUCACAGUUGUGUAUCCGUUUCCACCCUGUAAAUAACAACUUCCUUUCUGUUGGCAAUGCAAACAAAGAAAUCAAUGUGUUCAAUUUUAGCACUGGGAGGACAAUUAACAAGUCGGUAUUUGACGCCGAAGUUACCUCUAUGGACCACGACCAUACGGGCCAUCUCAUAUUUUGUGGAGAUGCGCAGGGAUGUAUAUACUCUGUAAAUAUGAACUCCCACACAGGUAUAUUAUCCCGCUCACAUCGUCAUCGAAGUAGCAGCAAACACAGAUCUCCAGUCACAACAAUGCAGUAUAGGAGUUUCUCUCUGCUAGCUCGAGGACCUGUGUUGCUGACCUGUACUCAGGAUGGAAAUCUAUCUUUUUUCAGUGUGGCUUUGGAGAUAAAAGGUUAUUUAACUCUUCGUUGCUCGCUCAAGUUAACUCCUCGGAUACACAAAAUUCAAGCUUCUUUCUGCCCCCUUCUUUCUCUUGAAAAAGGAGAAUUCAUUGUUGCUGGAAGUGAGGACUCAAACGUCUAUUUUUAUGAUUUAACAAAGCCAAAGCAUACAUGUGUGAACAAGCUACAGGGUCAUCGGUUUCCUGUGAUGGGGAUUGCUUGGAACCAUGGAGAAAACUUUUUGGCUUCAUCUGAUUUUUACGGCAUAGUAAUUGUUUGGAAGAGAGAAAGAACAAAUCAGAACAUGAAUACAUAGCAAUAGAAGUUUAAAAGCAUAUAGUUUUGAGUUGAGGGCUUGUGAAGAUAGCUUCCUUAACAUUUCUUCUUUCUCUUUCGCGUUCACCGUUGUCCUUUUGUAUCUUUUGUGCUAUUAUUUUUCUAUUUUUGCGACAAAGUUCAUUUUGUACCUUGUAUGUAUGUUGAGGAAGAAAGUUUAUUCUUAGUGAGCCAUGAUUAGCGAUUUUGUAAACAAAUUCUGAGAGGUAUGUUUUGUUUUGACAUUGCUCACAUUGUAAUUUUACACCAUCAAAGAAUAAGGUUAUGUAUCUGAAUCAACACUUUAUUGGUUGAAUGUACAAAGUACUCCUGCAAA